AUGGCACGAACACGCUCCAAGCCCGCAAAGGCAUCGUCCCCAGCAGCCGCGCCAGAGCCCGCAACAUGCACAAAGACGCUGCCUGCAAGCGCCCCAAACCCCCCCAGACUCUUCGUGCUGCCCACGCACGCCUCGAGCAACGCGCGCAUAGUCACCCUGGACAACCCGGCGAAUCAAACACCCUCGAAAUACUUCUUCUGCCCCGAAAAGGGCUUCCAUGAAUUCACACGCAUCGCCGCGCCAAAGAGGGAUUGCCGCAGUUGGCUCAUUGCCGGCUCCCCCAGCGGAGAGGGCGCCACAGCAGAAGACAAGGAAGGCGGCGACGCUUCACGGAUAGGCAAUGGCUAUGUCAACAAGAACGCCCAUCUCUUCGUUGCAACCCCCAUCGACAUGCUCUUCCUGCUGCUGCCCGUUGUCGCGCCCAAAACAGCAAAAGACACCAAGCAGCACUUCCUCGCCCUGGACGACUACCUCGACAUGCUCUCGUCCUCGUCGCCGCACUGGAAAGCGCUGCUAGCCCAACACCCGGCGCUCAAGCCCAAGCUGGAGAAGCGGAUGCGCGCCGUCUGCGACACGGUCGACGCCGGCGACGAAGCCAUGUACCGGCUCUCUCUGACCAAGCUGCACGACGUACUCCUGCAGAAAGCCGAACGCAUGACCAAAACAGGGCUUCCCGCAUCGCUGGAAGAAAAGUUUAUCAAGUCUGCUCUGGAAAUCCCCGUCAUGAAUGUCAAGCGUGAGGAGAGUACGCUGAGUGCCGUGUCCACGACACAAGACGACACCACCACCACCACCACAAUAACAACAAUAAUACAAGAAGAGGAAAUCUCAACUACAACUCCCCCGCUCACCACACCCCCGGAAAUCCCCCAUCUCCUCCGCCUCCGCACAUGCCUCACGUACCUCACAACAGCGUACCUCGCCCCGCUGCUCCGCACCCUCCUGCAGCCCCAGCAGACGCCGCUCUUCACCCCGCUAACCGCCCACCUGUCUGCCAUUGCCGCGCUCAAAGCCGAGGCCGCAGCUCUCCGCAGCAUCACGGACAACGUGUCGCGCAAGCGGGCGGUGCUGGAAGACGACGACAAGAUGGCCGAGCGCGAGGAGAAGCGGCGGAAAAAAGAGGAAGACGACCGGAAGAAGAAGAUGGAGGGGCGCGCCAUCAAGCAGCUGAAAAAGGUGGAUACGAGCGGCAUGCGGAAGAUGAGUAGUUUCUUCACAAAGGUGGAGAAGAAGACGUAG